AUAAAAUAAAACAUCACGCCUCGUCGUCGCGAACACAAAAAUAUCGACAAAGGUAUCGACCUUCUCGCACUCCGGUUCCACGUCCCGCGAUUCCACUCUCCAGUUUCGCGAGUCCGUCAGUUGCCAGAACCCUGUUAUUAUUGUUUUAACAUUUUCACUGGUGAUAAUUUGUGCGAUGAAUACUAAAGAAAAGGAAAAAUAUAUCGAAGAAUUUGAUUUUCCACACUGCGAUGAAUCUUCCAAGUAUGAAAAGGUCGCCAAAAUUGGCCAGGGAACGUUUGGUGAAGUCUUCAAGGCUAGAGAUAAAAAUACAAAUAAAAAAUUCGUUGCGAUGAAAAAAGUAUUGAUGGAUAAUGAAAAAGAAGGGUUCCCCAUCACAGCUUUGAGAGAGAUAAGGAUAUUGCAGUUACUGAAACACGAAAAUGUAGUAAAUUUAAUUGAAAUAUGCCGAACAAGAGCUGCUCAGUACAAUCGUUAUCGUUCUACAUUCUACCUGGUAUUUGACUUCUGCGAGCAUGACCUCGCCGGUCUACUCUCUAAUGUUAAUGUUAAAUUUAGUUUGGGAGAAAUUAAAAAAGUCAUGCAACAACUACUCAACGGUCUCUACUAUAUUCACAGUAAUAAGAUAUUGCACAGAGAUAUGAAGGCUGCUAAUGUUCUUAUUACUAAAAAUGGUAUACUUAAAUUAGCCGACUUUGGACUGGCACGUGCGUUCAGUGCCAACAAAAAUGGCCAAGUGAAUCGUUACACAAAUCGAGUAGUUACACUAUGGUAUAGGCCACCCGAGCUGCUACUCGGAGACAGAAAUUAUGGUCCACCGGUAGAUUUGUGGGGUGCCGGUUGUAUAAUGGCUGAAAUGUGGACCAGGUCACCGAUAAUGCAAGGAAACACCGAACAGCAACAGCUCACUCUUAUUUCUCAGCUUUGCGGUUCCGUGACCACAGAAGUUUGGCCUGGAGUAGAGAACCUUGAAUUAUUUAACAAAAUGGAACUACCUAAAGGACAAAAAAGAAAAGUAAAAGAGAGACUGAAGCCUUACGUAAAGGAUCCCUUUGCCUGUGACCUUCUCGACAAACUGCUGAUCCUAGAUCCCAGUAAGAGGUACGAUUCCGACUCUGCGUUAAACCACGACUUCUUCUGGACCGACCCGAUGCCCUGUGAUCUAAGUAAAAUGUUAGCACAACACACUCAAAGUAUGUUUGAAUAUUUGGCACCGCCGAGGCGGCCCGGUCACAUGCGUCACCCACAUCAUCCAGUUCCUGGUGGUCCCGCAAAGCCUAGUUCGAGCAUGGCAGACAGUGGAUAUCAGGAUCGAGUGUUUUAAGACAUAGGACUAGAAGCGUAUGUCUUGUGCGAUAGGUGUUCGCUAUCCUGUGUUCAACCCUCCUGUGAGUGUGAAUGUAUUCAGAGCGUCGACCCAGUUCGUUUUUCUGGGUGAGUGUAUCGUGUAAGUUAGGUAUUUUAUUAUAAAUAUUUUUCAAGUUCAAAAAAAUCACCUCUGAUCAUGUAGAAAUAUACAUUUUCAAUGGCAACUCACGUCUAUCCUCCCUAUUAUUUUCUCUAGUCCAUUCCCGAAUAUCCAAUUUCCCGUCAUACUUUCUUACAGGCGUAAUGCGUCAGGGCGAGGAAUCGUCUGUGUACAGGAUGAUAUUGUAUUAUUACUAUUGUCAUAUUAUUUUUUUUUCAAGACGCAUAUGAAAAUUCUCUUUACUGAACGUACAGUACAUAAAUACAUUACAUAAAUUGAAUGUUUAUUGCACUUAGACACAAUAAUCGAAAGACCAUAUAAUAGUGAAUCGUGUGUGAUUAGUUCUGACGUACAACAGAAUGACAUAAUUACUUUAUAGAGUGACUCGACGAUAUCAUUUUAUGAAAUAUUAAAAAUUAAUCGAUGAAACAGUUUAAUCGCGAUAAUUACGCGGGUUAUCGAUUGAUCGUGUUAAUAUACAGUUAUAUAUGUUUUUCUAUGGAUUGACUAUUAUCAUACCUGUAAUUGGCACUGCGCAAGGAACUAUGCUAUAUACGUCCGAUUUGAUUAAAAAAAAAAAAUAAACAAAAAAAAAUAAACAAACAAAAAA